AGCAGGGUAGGAGCCUCUCCAGUCCAAACUGGAUCUCAGAUGUCAGUUUCCGAAUCUCGGCCCAGCACACCUGAGAUUAGAGGCCUGUGUUUCCCCUAAUACGAGGGGACAGAUGGAGCCCCUAUUCUCCAGGUUGCCGGGGCUCUAGGAAGGGUCUUUGCUCUCGUGUCUUUUUUUAUUAGCCAAGGGUAGCAGGGACUGAAGGCAGGGAGGGGAGAGAUAGGCGGGAUUCCUGAGGAUGCUUAUAGCAGACCCCUAAAGCUGGCGAACAAGCUCUCCGAAGGUAAAAAAGUAUUCUCCCGUAUACCUCUCCAAAUUUUCCUGCAGAAGCCAGUGCCCCACGGAGCUCGAGAGGCCGCGGGGGGCGUGGGAGAGGGAACAGGAGGGCGGGUGUCACAUCCUCCGCAUCCUCCUUCUGGUCGGGUCCGGGUGGGACAGCUGCCUGCCUGCCUGCCUGCCUGCCAGUCUGCGUAGCCAGCGCUGUCCCCUCCCCGCCCUUGCCCUGUUAGGUUACCUCGCCCGGCCGCGGGCGGAGGGCUACGAGGCGAUCACGUUACGCUGUUUCCGGUUUUCCAACGGGCUGUGUUUCCCCUCCCGAGGCGGCGGCGGAGCGGCGGAGCCCCCCAAAUGGCCUGGCCAGAUGCGGCAGGUUUGCUGCUCAGUGCCGCCACCGCCACUGGAGGAGGCUUCGUGCAGCAGCUACAGCAGCAACAGCGGCAGCAGCAGCAGCGGCAGCAGCAGCAGCAGCAACGACAGCAACGGCAGCGGCAGCAGCGGCAGCGGCAGCAGCGACAGCAGCAGCAGCAGCAGCAGCCACAGCAGCAGCAUCACCCGUCCCGCUGCGCCCCCAGAGCCGCGGCCGCAGCCACAGCCGCAGCCCAGCAGCCGGGACAGCGCUGCCGCCGCCGCCGCCGCAGCCCGCUGGGGAGCCGCAGCCGCCGGCGGCAUGAGGCGCGACCCGGCACCCGGCUUCUCCAUGCUGCUCUUCGGGGUGUCGCUAGCCUGCUAUUCGCCCAGCCUCAGAUCGGUGCAGGACCAGGCGUUCAAGGCGCCCGUGGUAGUGGAGGGCAAGGUGCAGGGGUUCGUUCAGCCAGGGGGCUCGAAUAGCACCCGAGAGCCCCCAGUCUCAGGCUGGGCGGCGCUGGUGAAGGUGUUGGACAAGUGGCCGCUCCGGAACGGGGGGCUGCAGCGGGACCAGGUGAUCACCGUGGGUUCCUGCGCGCCCGUGGAGAGGAACCAGCGCUACAUCUUUUUCUUGGAGGCCACUGAAGAGCCCAAGGUUUACAAGACGGCCUUCCCUCCCCUGGACACCAACGGCAAGAACCUCAAAAAAGAGGUGGGCAGGAUCCUGUGCAUCGAUUGCGCUGUCCCACCCAAGUUGAAGAAAAUGAAGAGCCAGACGGCCCAGGUGGGGGAAAAGCAGUCCCUGAAGUGUGAGGCAGCUGCCGGCUAUCCUCAGCCCACCUACCGUUGGUACAAGGAUGGAAAGGAGCUCAACAGGAGCAAGGAUAUCCGAAUUAAGUAUGGGAAUGGCAAAAGAAACUCCAGGCUGCAGUUCAAUAAGGUGAAGUUGGAAGACGCUGGGGAGUAUGUCUGUGAGGCAGAGAACAUUCUCGGGAAGGACACAGCCAAAGGCAGACUGAAUGUGAACAGCGUGGCCACCACCCUCUCGUCAUGGUCUGGGCAUGCUCGGAAAUGCAAUGAAACCGCCAAGUCAUAUUGUGUCAAUGGUGGGGUCUGCUACUACAUUGAAGGCAUCAAUCAGCUGUCCUGCAAGUGUCCUGUGGGAUACACCGGGGCCAGGUGUCAGCAGUUCGCAAUGGUCAACUUCUCCAAGCACCUUGGAUUUGAAUUAAAGGAAGCUGAGGAGCUCUACCAGAAGAGGGUCCUGACUAUCACAGGAAUCUGCGUGGCUCUGCUUGUUGUUGGAAUUGUCUGCGUGGUGGCCUAUUGCAAAACCAAAAAACAGAGGAAACAGAUGCACAAUCAUCUUCGGCAGAACAUGUGUCCAGCCCAUCAGAAUCGGAGCUUGGCCAAUGGACCCAGCCACCCUCGACUAGAUCCUGAGGAGCUUCAGAUGGCAGAUUAUAUCUCCAAAAAUGUCCCUGCCACUGACCAUGUCAUCCGGAGGGAAACUGAGACCACAUUCUCUGGGAGCCAUUCCUGUUCACCGUCCCAUCACUGCUCCACAGCCACGCCCACCUCCAGCCACAGACAUGAAAGCCACACAUGGAGCUUGGAGCAGACAGAGAGCCUGACUUCGGAUUCCCAGUCAGGUAUCAUGAUGUCAUCUGUGGGCACCAGCAAGUGCAACAGCCCAGCCUGCAUCGAGGCUCGAGCCCGGCGGGAGGCAGCCUGCAACAUCGAGGAUGAAAGACGGCCAGCCAUGCCAUACCAUGACUCGGUAGACUCCCUGAGGGACUCACCACAUAGCGAGAGGUAUGUGUCAGCCCUCACCACGCCUGCCCGCCUCUCGCCCGUGGACUUCCACUAUUCCCUGGCCACGCAGGUGCCUACCUUCGAGAUCACCUCACCAAACUCAGCCCACGCGGUCUCACUCCCCCCAGCCGCGCCCAUCAGCUUCCGGCUGGCAGAGCAGCAACCCCUCCUCCGGCACUCGCCGGCCACCGCAGCGGCCGCCAGCGCGGCCCCGGCGUCUGACAUGCAGCGCAGCUACGACAGCUACUACCCUCCCCGCCGGGGCUGCUCCCACGACAGCAUGGGAAGCCUGCCUGCCAGCCCUUUCCGAAUCACUGAGGACGAUGAGUAUGAGACCACCCAGGAGUGUGCGCCCACGCUCGAACCGCCCAAGAGAACAGCCACAGGUCACCGGCGGUGGAGGAAAUCCAGACUGAAUGGGCACAUGGCCCAGCGGGCGCGGGCCGUCCGGGACUCCUUCUCACUCAGCAGUGCCUCCUACAGUGAAUCGGAUGAGGAGCUGGUGGCCGAGUGCACCCCUUUCCUCAGCAUCCACACCUCGGACAUGUUGGGCACGGACUCGCCACCGCUGUACCAGCCAGUGGACAGCAGGACUUAUUACUCCUUAGACAGACACAGCACCCAAGAGAGCAGACACAGCCGCAUCACACACCCGCGGGGAAAACAAGACUCCGCGCCUCUCUAGGACCCGCUCUUGCUCCCCGUCCCCACCUCGGCUUCCCUCCCCCACCCCUCUCAUUUCCCUCCUUCUGCUCCCUGUAUCUUUGAGGAGGACAAAAACCACACACUUGGAAAGAAAAAAAAAAGAAAUAAAAAUAUUUUUAUUUUAUAUAAAAGGAAAAAUGUAUAACAAAAUGUUUUAUUUUCAUUUUAGCAAAAGUUGUCUUAUAAUAGCUAAUAGCAAAGACUUUUUUAUAGGAAACUCUAUUUAUAUGUAACAUCUUGAUUUACAGCUUCGGAAAAAAAAAGAAACAAAAAAAAAGGAGAGAUGGGCCAAUUUUUUGACUAUUUAAUAGAAACCUAUAUGUGGUGCCUUUUUGCUGUACGCUAAUAUGGAGCUCCUGGAGAGAAGGCUGUGGCCACCUCCGCUGUACAACAGGUUAGUGAUCGGCUCUGGCCAACCCCACCCCACCACCCUGCCUCCCCCUUCCUUCCCCUGCCCACCCCACUCCCAGACCGGAAAUAGAGGAACAGGAACCAGUCACGAUCUAAAGAGCCAGAGAAGGGAUUCCCAGGUCAUCUUACAUUCUUCCUUCUCUGGAACCUAAUUUUGGCAUGUGGAGAGGAGAAACUUGGGGGGUGGGGGUGGGGGAAUAGGAAAGCAAUCAAUCCACCCCCACCAACCCCAGAUAAUGGGUGGGAAAUUCUGCAUCCCCUGGGGAUCAUUUCCCAGAAAAUAAGACCUUGUGUCCUAGUAGGUCAGAUUGGAAGAAGUUUCCAAAGCUGAUGUCCAUUUUUUAAAUGUUGCAAGGCUGGGGAAAGCAGGGUUAGGAGACAGAUUGGGGUCAGACUCGCCCACGGGGUGGGGAGUGGAGUUGGGUUCCUCCUCAUCUCUUCACCCCUGGCAGGAGAGGUCUCAAAAGGAGGAUCCUCCCCCACCCACCCCACCCACCCCCACAGUGUCCAGGGCCCAUGGGGUUAGCCCAGCAAUGCAUCCUAGGUCAGGGAGAGCCAGAGCUGCAGUGGGAUGAGGGGUCCAGCCACCUCCCCCCUGCCCCAAGGAGGUCUCUCCAGGGCUCCCCUCAGUUCUCUGCAGCACCUCGUUUACAUGGUUCGCCUUUUCUCUUUUACGCCUGCAUGUUCUGCAUUUCAGAUACUGUAGAUUGGAUGCAUGGUGAGGCUGUGAUUGAGAAGACACAAUUGACAGUAUAUUUGAUUUUACCUUUUAGCAAUAAAGUAACUAACCAAGCCCCCUUCCCUCCUCCCAGCCCCCAACUGAUCCUUCCAACCUCUCCUUUCCCACAAAGAAAUAAUCAGGUCUGACCAAAAGAAAAAAAUAAAAAAUCGGCUAAUUCCUCAUAAAGGUGAUUGUAAAAAACAAAACAAAAAACAAAUAUAAACCAAUGGGAAAUCUGCCCCAGAUUGUCUGAAUGUCCGAACUCUUGACUGUUGAACACUUGAACUUUUUUAUAUUAUAAAUAAAAAUCAAAAUAACUCA